UGUCUUAUACUGUCCGCCAAACUCAACGACGUUAAGGGAGUCGAUCUCAAGACAUUGAUUGAGCGAAUAGAGUCUGGCUUUCGGCUCAACCGAAAAGAGCUCAUUUCGAUGGAGUUCUCAGUAUUGGUUGCGUUAGAGUUUUCACUGCAUUUGCCAAACAAGGAAAUCAUUCCCCACUUUCAGCGUCUGCUAUACGAAUCAUAACCGC